GAAAUAAUUCUUCUAUUUCUUCCGAUACCCUUUUCCAUGCAUGUUCAUUUAAUGAUCAAUCGUACUGGAUCUUAUCAUGUUCAGUGAGCGAUUCGUACCAAUGCCCUUUUCCAUGGAUGUUCGUUCAAUGAUCAAUCCGAUCUGAGCUAAGGCGGUACCAGUAUCCUCGCCAUACACAGCCCACGGUGUCGCGGUACUCGCCGAGGAUCCAAAAAUGAUUAAGGGGCCUUACACCUACUUAUGGUACACGGCCAAGAACCAGUGCCAAUCUGAGUGGUGAAGGCAGUGUGGAGCUUUUAUCAGAGUCCGUUGGUAUAGUGGGAACGAUCAUCGAUCAUACUGGUAUCCUUUCCUGCCAAUCUCGUUUAUAGGUUUAGUAACGCCCAUCUGCCUCAUGGCCUCAAUGAAGCGCUCGUCUGCGACAUAUAGACUCCCUUUCCACUGCACCAUCCCUCAACCAUCCGAUAUCCCUGGCAUCUCAAAUCUCGUUUAGCCGUCGACCUCGUCAUAUAACACGAUGCCUUUCUUCCCCGCUGCACAAAACGUCAAUGCCAGUCAUAGCACGUUCAAUGACAUACACGGCGGGACGCAGAUCAACAACAUCACCAACGACAACUCCUACAGAAAUAAUUCUGGGAACACCAACAUCACCAAUAACACCAAUUCACAUAAUAACUCUUCCAUUACCCAGACUAUGACAGGUAAUGGGACACAGAAUGCGAAUCAGGCAAGCCAAAAGCAAACAUGAUGAAAUGGACACUUCGAGGGACCCUCAUGGAUCGCUGCACCUUGUGUUGAAUUUUGUAACAAAUGUGAUACUCUCAAGGAUGGCUGUAUUAGUUCUGUCUAUGUAUACCGUGAUCAAUCUCCACUUAGUAGUGUCGAGAAACACUGUCACUGAAUGAUAUGUAUUCGCGGAGAUCGUGUGAUUUAUUGAGCCUGACUCGGAGACAUGGGCUGGUGUCAAAUUCCUUAAGUUUCCAGGUCUGAAUUAAAAACGAUCGUGUCUCUUCAAGGGAUAUACGAACUGCGACAACAAAAUAUCAAGUUGUGAAUGCAGGAUUUUGGAUGCAACUAUAUUCCGAUGACAACCUGUACAUUUUUGCCUUGACUGCAUGAAUGAUUCAUUCGAGAAGGAGGAUGCUUAUGAAUGUGAUAGCAAACGCAUAUCAGCCGAGUCAUACGGGUCCAGGAUAAAGCUCAAGCGCCAGAAAUAU